AUGGGAGAAGUAGACGCAACCUUCAUCCAAGCCACCGAGCACAGCCCAAAACUCGUUGUUGUCGAAGCAGACGGCAUUCCACUAGUAGAAGAAUGUGAACACUAUGCUCAAGAAGGGCAAACACUAGCUUACAAGUUGAUGGAACUCAUCUCUCUGAGCUUAGGCCUACCAGCUAAUCGUUUGAAUGGAUUCUUCGAAGACCAAACUAGCUACGUGCGACUCAACCACUAUCUGCCUUGUCCCAUUCCUCAUCUAGCUCUUGGGAUUGGCCGGCACAAUGAUUCUGGUGCCCUGGCCAUCCUUGCUCAGGACGAUGUUGGAGGACUCGAAGUGAAGCAAAAAACAGAUGGAGAGUGGAUUGAGGUCAAACCUAUUUGUGACAUUAUUCAGGUUUGGAGCAAUGAAAGGUAUGAAAGUGUGGAGCACAGGGCAGUAGUGAAUUUUGAGAAAAACAGGUUUUCCAUUCCAUUCUUCUUCAACCCAGCCCACUACACCAUGCUGGAACCCCUAAAAGAGCUAACAAAUGAUCAAAACCCUGCCAAGUAUAAGGCAUAUAAUUGGGGGAAGUUUUUGGCAACUCGAAGACGCAGUAAUUUUCAGAAACAUGAUGUUGAAAAUAUUCAAGUCUCUCAUUUCAGGCUCUCAGAGAAAUCUAGCUAA